UGCCGGAAGUGGGCGUGGCCCCGCCCGGAAGUGGGCGCGGCGGCGCUGGCGAGCACCUUCCGUGUCCUGGCUCCGCCCGGUCCCAGCCCGGGCUCCCGCUCUUCCCGCCUCUGGAAAUAUGUCCGAGGGAGUGGAUCUGAUUGACAUCUACGCCGACGAGGAGUUCACCCAGGACCCGGAGUUCAGUAAUGCUGACCAGAUGGAUCUCUACGACGACGUGUUAGCAGCCAGCUCCCAGCCCCAGGAAAAGCGUUCCAGUAGCUCGGAAGCGCCUCCGGAGAUCCGUCAGGAGCCGUCUCCCAAGCCCAACAGCAAACCCCCGGCCAUCCUGUACACCUACAGCGGGCUCCGCAACAAGCGGGCUGCCGUCUACGUCGGGAGCUUCUCCUGGGUGAGUUCAUCUUCCUGGGAAAUUCGCGAUUCCUGGGGAACCUCUGAGGGGCUGCUGGGCUCUUCAGGGGAGUGGCAGGGAUUUUGAGGGGCCUGCUCCUCCUCACUCCUGAGCUGGAUUGUGAGCUGGGCUUGGCUUUCUGCUGGAUUGUGAGCCGGGCUUGGCUUUG